ACGAACGAACGCAUGAUGUGAAGCUGAAACCAUCCAAACCAUGUGGGGACUGCUUCUUGCAUUUACCAACUCGUUCGCCUAUCUGCCCAACUUGCCUCUCAUUCACUUCCUCCCUCAUCAUUGCAUCGCCUUCUCGAUCCAAGGCCCUAACCAAAGCACACCGACAUUAGAGAUACUUGAGCGAGCUCAUAUUAUGACCCCAACCUACGACGCCACCAACGAUAUCUACGGACCCGAGGGCCCGCCCACCAUAUCAUCCCUUAUUGCCAACAAUAGAAGCGAAGGAGGGGCAGCCUUUCCCGUCAGCGGUGGUCUUCGUGUUGCAGGGUCUGCCCGCCAACCUGCCACAUAUGGAUCCCGCACCAUGACUCUAGAUCCGACUCAGAUCGAAGAGGAGGACCCAGCAGAGGAAAGCCAUGAUACUGGUGUUCUGGAACUCACAGGAGAAUCAAGUUCAGGAAGGCGGGUCCAAUGGGAUGACGACGUUGUAGAUAACGAGCAUAUGGGGAAGAAAAAGUCCAAAAUUUGCUGCAUCUUCAAGAAACAAAAGGAAUUUGGCGAGUCUUCAGACGAGUCAUCGUCAGAUUCGGAUUCGGAUUCUUCAGGGUCAGAGUCAGAUGGUGGGCCUGUCUCGUCCAAUCCAAGCAAAGGAAAGAGCAAAGGAAAAGACGGCAACGGACCCUGCGACCAUUCCGAUCCCAACCAUCAUCAUCAUCAUGGAUCUAAGAAGGCAAAGAAGCGAGUCCUGAACGAGUAUGAGAGGAUGCCAAAAGUGAAGCUUUCGCAGCCUGCGCCUGUCAAUCAAUAACAGGGACUCCAAGAAGAUCGUAAUCAAGGCAGGAAUCCCAUAUGUAUAGAUUGCCAAACAAAACAACAAUAGAAUUGUAUGCUACGAUUUUUGAUUGUUUACAGACCCUUUGUUGAGCAUCGAUCACACCAGGAGCAAUGAAACGAAGUGCCAUUCUUCUUGAACCAAUAUCUUGUUGAAAGACUUAAAUAAAGAGCUGGGGGCCAUCUGGGCUUUGCAUCAAGCAAUUGGGCGAAGCUCAAACGCACUCAUGCAUGCGUGACUGAUUUUAUCCG